AACCCAACAUGAGGCACCGCAGCACCAGAACCACAAGCCAAAACGCAGAGCACCGCACAAGCCACAGACGAAGACAAGUCUCAAGAGAAAGAUAGAAUGGCGGCCAUCUCCUCCACCUCCUACUUCUCGCAGCCGCAUCUGCCGGCGUCCAGCGCCGCCGCUACAACCAGCAUCAGCAAAGGCCGGCAGCCGCGGAGGCAUCGGACGGGCAGCUGCGUCAUGCUCGAGGCGGCCUCCGGUGGUGGCGCGGUGGGGAGGAGGACGAGGAGCCUCACGGAGGAGGACCUGGAGGAGCUCAAGGGCUGCCUCGACCUCGGCUUCGGCUUCUCUUACCACGAGAUCCCGGACCUCUGCGGGACGCUCCCUGGGCUGGAGCUCUGCUACUCCAUGACGCGGAGGUUCCUCGACGAGCAGAGGACUCUGGUCGGGCAGCUGGAGCCGGCCGCGGUGGCGGCGCCGCCCAUCCCGGACUGGAAGAUCUCCGGCCCUGGUGAUGAUCCAGACCAGGUGAAAGCUCGGCUCAAGUACUGGGCACAGACAGUGGCAUGCACAGUCAAACUCUGCAGCUAGACAGCUAGUGGAGGUCCCGGCAAGGGAGUCUGCCGAUUCAUCCCAUGACAUGCAUGUAGCUAUGAUGGGCUGAAGUUAAGGUGCCUGAAGCUGAAAAAAAUCUGCUUACAUGGCUGAGACAUGUUGUGCGAACACUGAGGAGACGCUUCUGAUGCGUGCCGUCGGGAUCACAUAACGGAUUGGUGCUCUUCAAUAGCUUCAGAGAGGGAGACGACUUAUGAUACAACGGAGGAGUAAGAAAUCUCGACGCGAUAUGUCGUCGGAGCUUUUCUGAAAGCAUCAGAAGCUUGCCGUUCUCAUUCAUCAUGGGUGUUCUAAGUUGUACGCAAUUCUAGAGAUCUGCUAGUGAUUCUACUCUUCCCUGUAAAAUGAUGACUAGGCUCUCCACUUGGGUAGUGCUACGUCGGGUUGAGCUUUAAAACCCGUCGUUAGAUUUGCUCUUUGCUCUCAUGCUCCUUCAAACUUUGAUUUGCUUUCAACCAGUAGACAUUGUAUAAGACUUCGAUGAACAUAUUUGUUGACCGUGUUGUACUGCACUGCGAAGGUGUGGAAACAGUUUAUUCUAAAACAAAUUUCUUUGUCCAGCUUA